AGCAAUCUCAGUCAGUGUUUGUCCAUUGAGUUGUGCAUCUUUCCGCGGAAGUUUGGGUGUGAAAAUUGUACUCAUUAGAAAGCCAUAAAAUAUUCCGAUUGAGCGAUAAAUUAGCGUGAAGACGAAACACAAGGAGAGUGACCUUUGCUGUCGAUCUUCUUGACUUUCAUUGUGGAAUUUUCAUUUGAACUGGGGUGAAAAUGGUGAAAUUGAAGUGAGGAAAGUGCUCAGAGUAGCAUUUCUUGUGGGCGACAGUGGGAGACAGAAAAGUGGAAAAUUCACAGUGUUAUGUGAGGGAAAUUCUUGUGAUUUUAGUGAUUUAACAAUUUCAUGUGAUUCUUUUGUCCUUGUGUGAAAUAAGAAGACAGAAGAGAUUGUGUGAAAAUGCCAGCAUCAACAUCAAUUGUAUUGAAGAGUUUAUCAAUUCUCCUGGGACUUUUCUUCAUUUUCAUCGGCACGAUGAAAUUGAGUCCUUACUUCAGCAAGGAACUCCACAGAGACUUGCGGAAGGAGUAUGUGAAAUAUGCAAAAGUUUUCCCACUGGCGUCUCUCUUUGACCUCAAAAUCCCAUCGAAAUGGUAUCGACGAGUUGUGGGCAUUCUUGAGGUGAUUUGUGGACUUGCCAUGGUCUUUAUACCGUUUCAUAAAAUUAAAAACGCUGCCAAUAUCACACUACUUGCACUCAUGCUGCUCGCCGUCUAUUCUCACUACAUGGUGAGUGAUCCUUUCGAGAGGUCCGGACCAGCUCUCGUCUUCACAUUCAUGCUCGGCGGGCGACUCGUGGUUUGGUAUCAGAUAAACCGACGAGAGAUGGAGGCUGCCGCAGCGGCUCAGGCAACUGCAAAUGGUCUCAAGCAGGAGUAAAUGAGCAGAUGUGAAAGCGUAGAAGAGCAACUAUGAUAAACAUCACAGAUAGGAUUAAUAAGAAGUAUAUUUGUAAUUGAAGGAAGGAAAUCCCAUUAUGACUGAUUCACCGUAUUGUGUUAUUUUGAGUAAUCUUCUACACGCUCUCCUCUUCCAUAUAAUAUGAUUGGUAACAUAUUCCUUGCUGAAUCUCUCCACUUGUGGUGAAUGAUAAGCAAUUAAUUGGAUUCUGUGUGAAGAUGAAAUGUGUCGAACUUGCUGUUGGUCUCAUACAUAUAACGAUACAUUUGGAAAUAUGGUUUCUUAAAGUGCGUGUGAAUCACUUGAGCGCACCAAUAAAGAGGGGAAGAGAAGAAACAUCGAUAAAGAUGAACACUUUGUUCGCCCACUCCAUUAGAUACUGAAUAGAGAGAGAGAGAGAAAGAGAGAGAUUAUAGCCAAAUGUAGUGUCGAUUUUUUCAAAUUGUCGUGGUUUUUUGAUAAAUUGUAUUGCACAUGGAGAAUAAAUGCAAGGAAUUUGAUUAGGACACUGAAA